AAGAGUCUUGUUUAACUGGAAUGAUGAAAAGUGUAUCCACCUACUAACAAAAGUAUUUAUGGCCUGUAAGCCAGAGAAGUGAAGAACAAUGGCUUCACCAGAGGAAAAAGAAAAUAUUAAAAUAUUAUUUCAGCAUCAACAUUCAUUUAUGGUUACAAAGAUAAUAUUUACUUCCUGUGAAUUUGGAAUAUUUGACUUGCUGAGAGAGUCAGGUGAAUCUCUCUCCUCUGCGAUUAUUGCUGAACGUUUAAACACCAGUCUCACUGGAAUGGAGAUGCUGCUGAACUGUUGCGUAACUUUAAAUCUUCUGAAAAUGGAACGAAAGGACGACAGAGGUCUUUAUGAAAAUACAGAAUUUGCCAAUCUCUACCUGGCAAAAUCAAGUCCAAAGUCUCAAUAUUAUACCCUGAAGUUCUUCUCUGAUAUUGUCUACCCAGGAAUGAAAUACUUGCCUGACGCAGUGAGGGAAGGAAAGAAUCAGAUUUCAUCAAUAACUGGGGUUUCCUCAAACAAUGUAUUUGAGGCUUUUUACCGGUCAGAAGAAAACAUCAAAGCCAUCUUCAGGUGUAUGAAUGAGGCUUGGAGUUUGCAUGGAAGAGAAGUACUGACUGCAUUUGAUCUUUCUGAAUUUGAAUUCAUUUAUGAUAUAGGUGGAAGCUGUGGUGCCUUAUCUAAGGAACUGAUUGCAAUCUAUCCAAAUUGUACUGUGACCCUUUUUGACCUCCCUGAAGUAGUGGAAACAUCAAAGAAGUAUCAUGGCUUCUCAGAAGCAUCGCGGAUUACUUUGCAUGGAGGUGAUUUUUUUAAAGAUCCAAUUCCUGAAGCAGAUUUGUACAUUUUUGCCAGGAUCCUGUUUGACUGGAAUGAUGAAAAGUGUCUGCAGUUGCUAAACAAAGUGUUUAAUGUCUGUAAGCCUGGUGGUGGAGUAUUAAUUGUGGAACCAACAUUAGAUAAAGACAAGACUCUGCCUUUUCCUAUUGCCAUGUACUCCCUCAUAGUGCUGCUUAAUACUGAAGGAAAAGUACGGACCCCAUCAGAGUAUCAUUCAUUCCUCAGCACAGCUGGCUUCAAAGAUAUACAGCUAAAGAAAGGAAAUCUAUUUGAUGUCAUUUUGGCCAGAAAAUAAUGUUGCUAAAAUUGCUUCAUGCUUGCCAAGUGUUGAAAGAAAAUUAUUUCAAUGUACUGUACGGUAUCUACUGACUUUGAUUAUACAGUGAUAUGACUCUAUAAUCUCACCUUGCCUGAAGUUAUCAAAGUACAAUUGGAGAUCCCUGUCUUAGAUGAUAUAUCUGGAAAUUCAUAUAUCUCUAUCUCUAUCUCUAUCUCUAUCUCUAUCUCUAUCUCUAUCUCUAUCUCUAUCUCUAUCUCUAUCUCUAUCUCUAUCUAUCUAUCUAUCUAUCUAUCUAUCUAUCUAUCUAUCUAUCUAUCUAUCUAUCUAUCUAUCUAUCUAUCUAUGAUUACUAAGUAUAUACUUAACAAAGUUUUGUUAGAAUUUGGAUUUGGAAAAGAAACAGCAAAAAAAGGCUAUGCACUCUAUUAUUAUCUUAAUUUCCAAGUUUUUAGAGACAGCUAAAACUGAAUUUAUGGUACAAAUGCUGGCUAAAACUAUUUGUGUCUAACCAUGAAAUACCAUAAUAAAAAAUAAGUCAAUUUAUAUUGUACCACAAAGAA